AUGAGUCAGGUGAUGCGGAAAGCGGCUGCGACCGCUAGCUUAAUAGUCCUGUUCGGCUCAACGUCGACAGUAGCAGCUCAAGGCUCUUCAAACGGUCAGUUUUCUAUCAUGGGUGACAUUGCAAAGACCCCUACUUAUAUUCAAUCUUCAGCGGUGGUUGUGGAUGGUACCACCUUUGCACUAAACGGUGACAACCUUUCAUACCGCUUUCAUGUCGACAACAAGACUGGUGAUCUUUGGUCAGACCAUUUCGGUGCCAGUGUGGCGGGGGGCAUUCCAUUUGAGAAUGUGCCUGCGGUCAAUGGCUGGGUCGGGAUGCCAGGUCGAGUCCGCCGGGAGUUCCCUGAUCAAGGUCGGGGUGACUUCCGUAUUCCUGCCAUUCGCGUCCGACAGUCUGAAGGCUAUACGGUCUCUGACCUGCAGUACCACUCAUACGAUGUGAUUCAGGGCAAGCCGGAACUGCCAGGAUUACCUGCCACCUUUGGUACCGAUAAGGAUGUAACCACCUUGGUCGUUCAUCUUUAUGACAACUAUAGUGCUGUGGCAGCGGAUUUGUCGUAUUCCGUAUUCCCAAAGUACGAUGCAAUUGUCCGCAGUGUGAACGUGACGAACAAGGGCGAGGGAAACAUCACCAUCGAAGCCCUUGCGAGCUUGAGUGUGGAUUUUCCCUAUCAAGACUUGGAUAUGAUCAGCUUGAGAGGUGACUGGGCCCGUGAAGCGCACCGCGAACGAAGGAAAGUGGAGUACGGAAUUCAAGGCUUUGGGAGCUCUACAGGAUACUCCUCGCACCUUCACAAUCCAUUCCUUGCACUCGUGGAUCCGACUGCCACUGAAUCUAGUGGCGAAGCAUGGGGCUUUUCACUAGUUUAUACCGGUUCAUUCUCUGUGGAUGUCGAGAAAGGCUCACAGGGCUUCACGCGUGCUCUACUUGGACUGAACCCCAACCAGCUCUCAUGGAACCUCGGACCAGGCGAGUCGCUGACCACGCCGGAAUGUGUCUCCGUCUACUCCCAAAAUGGCGUCGGUGGCAUGUCUCGUUUGUUCCAUGGACUCUAUCGCAACCAUCUCAUCAAGAGUAAAUUUGCCAUGAAAGAUCGCCCUGUACUUCUUAACAGCUGGGAAGGCCUUGGUUUUGACUACAAUGAAAGCACCAUCUAUCAUCUUGCCCAAGAAUCUGCGAACUUGGGAAUCAAACUAUUUGUCCUGGAUGAUGGUUGGUUCGGUGACAAGUACCCUCGCCUGUCUGACAACGCCGGCCUGGGAGACUGGACACCAAACCCCGAGCGGUUUCCCAAUGGUCUGGACCACGCAGUGACUAGCAUCACCGCUUUGAAAGCUGCAAACACAUCCACGAAGCUCCGCUUUGGUCUCUGGUUCGAGCCCGAAAUGGUCAAUCCUAACUCCAGCCUCUAUCGCGAACACCCUGACUGGGCCUUGCAUGCCGGAGACUACCCUCGCACAGAAAGGCGAAACCAGCUCGUUCUGAAUGUCGCCCUUCCAGAGGUGCAAGAUUUUAUCAUAAAGUCUGUGUCAAGCAUUCUCAGCAGCGCUGAUAUCACCUAUGUAAAGUGGGAUAACAAUAGGGGUAUUCACGAAAUGCCCUCGCCCUCCACGGAUCACGAGUACAUGCUGGGUAUGUAUCGAGUCUUCAAAAACCUUACCACUCAAUUCCCAGACGUUCUCUGGGAAGGCUGUGCUUCUGGAGGCGGUCGCUUCGAUCCUGGCGUACUCCAGUACUUCCCCCAGAUCUGGACCUCGGAUGAUACCGAUGCGGUUGAGCGCAUAACGAUUCAGAUGGGAACAUCACUCGUAUACCCCCCGAGUGCGAUGGGUGCUCAUCUUUCAGCUGUACCAAACCAACAAACCGGCAGGACCCUGCCUGUUGCGUUCCGGGGCCAUGUUGCAAUGAUGGGUGGAUCUUUCGGCUUGGAAUUGGACCCCGCCGAAAUCCCAGCAGAGGAUAAGGCCGCUCUUCCUGGCCUCAUUGCACUCGCUGAGAAGGUCAACCCGAUCAUUCUGACCGGAGAUAUGUACCGCUUGAGUCUACCCGAGGCCUCAAACUGGCCCGCCGUUCAGUUCGUCUCAGAAGAUGCGACCCAGGCCGUCCUUUUCUACUUCCAGAUCAACCCCAACAUCAAUCAUGCUCUUCCCUGGAUCAAGCUGCAAGGCUUGGAUCCCAAGGCCGUCUAUAGCGUGGACGAUAAUGCUACCUAUUCUGGAUCGGCUUUGAUGAAUGUCGGGUUGCAGUUCUUUUUUGAGACUGACUAUGGUAGUCAAGUGGUUUUCAUUGAGAAGCAGUGA